AAAUUGAAAAAUCACCAUUUCAGAGUCUGAGUUAUGGCCACAGCUCUGCCAUCUACGACAUGGCACGCAAUAAAGCUUCAACCGCAGCCUCGUCUCCUUCACCGUCGGCGCCCCUUAUUUGUCCGAUCCUUUAGGAGGAGCGACUUCGACGCCUUCACUCGCCGCAUGGCCUCCGGUGAGGCCUUGAAGGACGCCUGGAGAACCGCCAACGACGGCUUCGAGCAAUUCGUUUUCGAAACUAAAAAGAACGCUGAACGCUUAGACCGCCAGUACUCCUUUUCCCGCCAACUAUCCUCCGCCGUCCAAUCUGCUACGGACCGUGCUCGUGAGAUUGACCGGGAGUUCGAGAUAAGACUACGUUGGCGGACAUUUUCUAUGGAUUUUAGCAGAAAUUGGCCUAGGUACAGGAAGCAGCUGAAUGAUUUGUUGGAUACUCCGUUGGGAAGAAGUUCUGCUACAAUUUUCUUCCUUUGGUUUGCAUUAUCUGGUUGGAUGUUUCGAUGCAUAAUAUUUGCCACAUGGAUUCUGCCGUUUGCUGGACCGCUUCUCAUUGGGACUGUUGCCAAUAAUCUUGUUAUAAAGGGUGCUUGUCCAGCUUGUAAGAGAGAGUUUGUUGGCUAUAAAAACCAAAUAAUCCGAUGUGCGAGCUGCGGAAACAUUGUAUGGCAAUCCGAAGGAGGCUUCUUUCGCAGGGAUAGCAAGGGCUCCAAUUCAAGAAAGUCGGAGCCAGAAAUUAUCGAUGUCGAGUUUGAGGAUAAGUGACAAGAUGUUGUCAAAUUAUACAAGUGAUGUUUCACUUUUUUUAUGGAGUCGAACGAGACUGGAAUGCAGUUCUUGCUCAUUUCGUCUGAGGUUUGGUUUCUUGAAAAUCUCAUGUAGCCAUUAGCACCUGUACUGUAUAGCAUCUUUCUGGGUUGUAGUGUCUUUGUUUACAAGGAAACUUAGAGGAUGGUAAUAAUUUGGUCAUGGAAAAUGUUCCAUUUCAUAAGCUAUAUAGGUUGUAGUUUUAAGUGUGAAAUCCUAAGCUUAUAUUGGUUUGAAGUACGGGUGUUCAUUUCCGGAGACAGGAUAUUAUCCAAUCCAAAAUUUUGGAUAUCCAAAAUUUCAAUUACUAAAA